UGGUUUCCCCCUUAUGAGAAUCCGUUCAUUUUUUUUCUACAAUAAAGGCGCAAAUACUGGCAUACUAGCUGGGUUUUGUUGUUGUCGUUGUUGAAUUAAACGUAACUGAAGCAAAAAGAAGAGACGGACAUGGCGGUUGUGGCUGUUGCGGCUAAACGGCCCCGGACGGAGCUGGUGGCGGCGGCUCAGACUCAACAACUCGUGGCCAUGGGUCCUCCCCGGACCUCCAGUCUGCAAGCACCCAUCAUGCUGAUGUCUGGCCACGAGGGUGAGGUCUAUUGCUGCAAGUUUCACCCUAAUGGAGCCACGCUAGCUUCCUCUGGAUUUGACAGGCUAAUAUUGCUGUGGAAUGUGUUUGGAGAUUGUGAAAACUUUGCCACACUGAAGGGCCACAGUGGAGCAGUGAUGGAGCUGCAUUACAACACAGAUGGCAGUGUGCUGUUUUCUGCGAGCACAGACAAGACUGUAGGUGUGUGGGACAGUGAAACAGGGGAGAGAAUCAAGCGUCUGAAAGGCCACACCUCCUUUGUUAACACCUGCUACCCUGCUCGUCGAGGGCCCCAGCUGAUCUGCACGGGCAGUGAUGAUGGGACAGUCAAGCUGUGGGAUAUCCGUAAGAAAGGCGCGAUCCACACGUUCCAGAAUACUUACCAGGUGUUAGCUGUCACCUUCAAUGACACCAGUGAUCAAAUCCUGUCAGGAGGCAUAGACAAUGACGUUAAGGUGUGGGACCUGAGGCAAAAUAAGAUGAUCUACAGUAUGCAUGGACAUGGUGACUCAGUAACUGGUCUCAGCCUGAGCUCAGAGGGAUCAUAUCUUCUUUCUAAUUCAAUGGACAACACAGUACGUAUUUGGGAUGUUAGACCAUUUGCACCCAAGGAGAGAUGUGUGAAGAUUUUUCAGGGCAAUGUUCACAACUUUGAAAAGAAUUUGCUGCGGUGCUCUUGGUCGACUGACGGCAGUAAAAUAGCUGCAGGCUCAGCUGACAGAUUUGUGUAUAUUUGGGACACCACAUCACGUCGAAUCCUGUACAAGUUGCCAGGCCAUGCUGGCUCUGUUAAUGAAGUGGUCUUUCACCCAGAAGAGCCAAUAGUUCUCUCUGGCUCCAGUGAUAAACGGCUCUACAUGGGAGAAAUUCAGUAGCAUAUAUGUGCAUAUUUUGUGUGUGUGUGUGUGUGUGUGUGUGCUGAUGUGGAAAUGGAUGAUACGAAGUGUUCAGAGUUUGUAAUUCCAUGGGCCUGUCUCUAAACAACCUCAGGAUGUAUUUGUAGUUAAUCAUGUGCUCACUCCCAGCAUUUU